GUCAGAUACCUUCAUUGCACAAUGGAGUCUGCGGCCUCCCUGACUGAGCUCCAGGCAGAGGCCAACUGUCCCAUCUGCCUGGAUUACCUGAGAGACCCAGUGACAAUUGAAUGUGGGCACACCUUCUGUCCCUCCUGCAUCCACCAGCGCUGGGAAGGUCUGCAGGACACCUUUCCCUGCCCUGUCUGCCUUCACCACUGUCCUGACAGGAAAUUGAAGAGGAACACCCAAUUAUGUCACAUGAUUGAGAUUGUUAAGCAGAUUCCCACCACAGGGAGCCAGAGGAAAUUACAGGAAGAAAAACCCCUGUGUGGGAAGCACAAUGAGGUUUUGAAAUUUUUUUGUGACAACGCCCAGGAAUUGUUAUGUCCUCAUUGCAAGGUCCCCUUAGACCACCAGCAUCACUCCCUGAUACCCAUUGAGGAAGCUGCUGCUAGUUGCAGGAAGAAGCUCAAAAGAUACAUUAGGGCGCUGUUGGUGGAGGUUGAAGAUGCUGAAACGGAAUAUGAAAACCAAAUUGCAAAAGAAUUUGAAGUGCAGGAAAAGAUGGAAAACUGGAGGAAAGAAUUGCAGUAUGAAUGUAAAGAACUGAAGUGUUCCUUACAAGUAGAGCACAGUGUACUUAAUGCUGGUCUAUUUAUAGAAGAGAAGGAUGUUGAAGAAAAACUAACUGAAAAUGGAAGGCAAGUUUCAAACCAUAUGUUCAUACUAAACAAGCUUUUAACUGAAAUAGCAGAGAAGUAUUUGCAAGCAGAUGUGGAUUUACUCACAGGUAUUGAAGAUAUCCACAAUAGGUAUGAGAAGCUAGAGACCCCAGCAGUGUUUUCAUGUGAAUUAAAGAAGAAGAUUUUCACUCUCCCCCCACAUUAUGUGGGCCUGUAUAAAAUGAUCCACAUGUUUCAGGCAGAUUUGACACUGGAUCCUGAAACUGCCCAUCCAAAUCUCAUUAUCUCAAGAGAUAGAAAAAGUGUGACCUAUAGGACAUCAGUUGGUCUUUCUAAUCCCCAGGCACACACUUCUUACCCAGCUGUCCUGAGUUCUGAGGGAUUUGAUGCUGGCAGGCAUUUUUGGCAGGUAGAAGUAAGAGGUAUAGGUGCAUGGUCCUUUGGUGUGUGUAAAGAAUCUUUCCCCAGAAAUACUCCCAUAAAACCAUUGCCAAGCAAUGGCUGCUGGCGAUAUAAGCAGCGGGCUGGUAUAUUUGGCCUUUUAGAACAUCAUAAGAUUGGCAUUUUUCUGGACUAUGAGUUGGGAGAGGUUUCAUUUUAUAAUUUGAAUAACAGGUCAUACUUGUUUGCAUUUACUGACAUGUUUACAGAGAAACUUAUGCCUUAUUUCUCCAUUGCAUCUUCUCCAGAAAGUCUUACAAUCAGUAUCAUCAGAGUCUAG